GCGGCGUGACGCACUACCACCAGGUCCUUUUUCCACAGCGCAGGAAAUUGAAAGUAAAAAUCACUACAGAUCAACUGCAAUUCAUCUACGUUUACGUUCUAGAUCUGUCAUAAACACUUCCAAAAUGUUCAUUUCGUCGGGGGAUGUUGUUCCUUCUUUUAAAGGCUUUACUCUGAUAAUGCCUGCAGUAUCUGUUGGAAAUGUGGGGCAGCUCGCGGUGGAUCUCCUCAUUUCAACACUGAAUAUGCCCAGAGUGGGAUACUUCCACACGGACUGUCUCAUUCCCAUGGUUGGCAACAACCCCUACGCCACAGCUACGGAGGACGCUGCCCAGCUCAGCACCAGCGCAGAGGUGUUUUCUCACAGUGACUUAAAGCUGGCUGUUCUGCAGAUUAGGACACCCAUCAUUCAGACAAAAGUCAGAUCAUUCCGAAAGCUGAUGGUUUCUUGGAUCAAGAGCAGUGGAUUCCUCAGAAGUGUGCUGCUGUCCAGCAGUCAUGCAUAUCAGAGAGAUGACCAACAGCUUCAUGGCACUCCUUUGCGGUUCCUGCUGACUCCGUCUCUGCAGACGGAGGAGGGUCAGAGGGUAGAAGAGCUGGGCUGGAGGGAGCUGGAGAGGAUCAGUGCGUUUCCCGGGAUCUCCGACUCAGAGCAGCGCCUCUACAUUCCCGGAGGAGGAGUGACCAAAGCCCUGUACACAGACUGCUGUGCAGAAGACAUCCCUAUGGCAGUAGUGCUAAUCUUCUGCUCAGAAGGAGACAACAUCCCUGACGCGUUUGCUCUCAUUAACCAUCUCAACGACUGGCUCCAUCUGCUGGAAAAACCUACGCAGGGUUCGGUGCAGUGGCGGGUUCCUCCCUCAUGGAGGCUGCUGUUUGGCAGUGGUAUCCCACCUCUUCUCUUCUGAAGCGUGGAUGAAAAAUCAUGCUUGUAUAUGGAUAUGCCUGAUGCAGCUCUGCAGGUGUGACCGUUUUGUGAACCAGAGAAAUCGCUGAUGGACUGAUGGUUGAGCGGUCAAACGGCACCAAGCGCUAAAUACACAUUUUGCUUGUAAAUAAGUGAAAUAGUUCAGAAAUAAUAAGCUGUAACAUUAUUUUUGCCA